UCAAGCACGUGUAAAAAUACCUGGUGUCAGCUGUUAAUUUAAGGUUUCAGGUUUGGAUAUGAUGGAAGGUUGACACGAACACGGGGUCGACAAAAACUUGAUGUCGAAUAACCGUGAUACUGCAGCGGAAAGGGGAUCUCUUCGGUCCCCCAAGUCUAUUGUGGCUCAAUGGAUAUCAUGUUCAUCACCGUGCUCAGAUUAAGUUUUGAUCAUCUUUUAAAGUUCAAACUACCUCAAUCUGGAAUAUUUGGCAAUGGUAUGUGACCAGUUAUGAUAUGAACAAUUAAUUACUCUACUAAAACACAAACGUCAACUAAGCGGUUUGGCAUGGCUUAUGUUAUAAAUAUUCAAGACGAAAAAGAAAUGGCUGCGCAGUAUCAUAUAAGUAACAACUCGACAAAAUCGUCUUGCUCUCAGAACGGCUACACCCAAGGACACCAUUCAAAGGCCUCCGACUCCAGCCUCGGGUUAUGGGAGAUUUUUAAUCCAUAUUUUCUUCAUCAAUGGAUGCCUUAUUUUUUAUUUGUGGAACUAACGUUCAUGUAUUGUGUGGGGUGUUUCAUAGCUUUUCCACAUCUCUAUCCAGAAACCGCCUACAUACAUCAGGUGAUAGGGACCUUUUUGGCUUACCAGUUAAUCGUCAACUGGUGGUUUAUCCAUGUGACAGACUCCAGCUUCAAUGAUUCAGGGUAUCCACAGGAAAAACUGGCCCUAGGGCCUUAUCCAUUCAAGGUACCAGAGAUAGUGCAGCAAAAUAAACUAGUUCCAAUCAUAGACGCCCACAUUAAAGCAGCGCGCUAUCCCUACUGGCAGUGGGCGCCGUGUCUUGCCUGUGAACGAUGGCGCCCACCUCGCUGUCACCACUGUAAACUCUGUGGAAAAUGUAUCCUAAAGCGAGACCACCACUGCUUCUUCGCACGAAACUGUGUGGGGCUUAAAAACUUACGAUAUUUCAUUGUGUUCCUAUUUUACGCGUGCAUUACUAGUGUCUUUACCAUUUACCACGGUGCAAAAUAUCUCUUUACGUUUUAUUGGCCCGAAAUGUCGUAUCUUGAUCUCGUACCACUUCUUUCUUUUCUGAGAUCUAUCUUAGGAUCCAACACGACACUGUCACAGGUCGGGAUCAUGAUUAUUAUGGCGUACGGUUUGCUUGGGUUAACAUUUUUAUGUUUUAUGCAUUUUAUAGAUGCAGGCGUAUCGGUUGUGAAGGGCAAUACGGCGUUUGAGAUCGAAAAUAACAUCGAUGUCAAAGAUCCACGGAAAUUAACAGGAAAACUCCGGUCUGUGUUUGGACAACACUGGCAGUUUGCUUUUGUAUUGCCCACCCCUUACUUUCUUAGUCCGUCCAUAGAAGACCCAUAUCACUGGGGUUCCCUGAUCCCACCCAAAAAGAGAAACCCCGUCAUUCAGUUGAUAGAACCUUGAUGUGAUCCGCAUCUAUUUGUCCACCUGAUUUGCUCAGAAGUUACAAACUUGCCAAAUAUAGCUAUUAGAAGUUUGCAAAAUCGUGUGUUGCAGUUUGCCUUAGGAAUACACGCAUUUUUAUUGCAAAAACUUGUUUGAAUAUUUUUUUUUUGGUUGUAAAAGUUUUAUUUGUUACUGUUUUACAAUAAAACUAAAGAAAUACAAA